AGGGAGCCUAAAAUACCUCGUACUGCGUUUUGUUCUGGGGUUAUGCAGAAGUAGGCAAGUAUGGCAACGGAGGAAGAGGCAGAUAACCGUAAGAGUGAAGGAGGACCAGGCUUAGGAGGCAGUGCUGCACAGAGUGAAGAGGGGCAAAAGGACAGGGAAUCGAUAAAUCCGGAUGGUACCAAAGGGAACCGGAAGGAGAUCUCCUCAGGAGAAAGCUCGGGGAGAGCCGGGGGAAGCAGGCAAGGGACUCAGGAGACCAAGGAGGGCAAAAAUAAGGACAGGGCAAGCCCCCGAAAUUCGGAAGGAGUCGUGUCUAAGAAAGUAAGGGUCACGGAUACAAGGCGCAAACUAGCCGAGAUAGAUAAAAAGACCGCGGAGUACAAGGCAAGAUUGAUUGAGGAAAUGAUGACUGAGAACGAAGAAGGCCCUCUGCAGGAGGAACCCCUGGACGAACGGAAAACCGACCGAGGUGGGACUGGACAAUGGGAUAAGGGUAGCGACCGUGGGGGAACGUCGAGCAAAAGAAGGAAAGAGAGAGAGAACUCUCCGGGAAUAGAAGCGGAAAAGGCUACGACCCCGCCAGCCAUAGAUAGUAGGGCUAGCCGCUUGCCGAACGCGCCAGCAGUAACGCGAGGGUGCGAAGGACUCUGGAGCCUUAGGGAAAGAGUGUCGGGAUGGUUUGACCCAGAAGGAACUACGAAAACCAGGGAGGGAAAGAAGACCGGCAAGGAAAGUCCGAAUAACAGUAUGGCAGGCGAGGCCAGCAGCUCCGAGGGCGGUCUUAAGAAGAUAGUGUCGUCCCUCGCUCGAGCACUGAACAAAAAUCAAGGCUACCUAGCGGAUGCUAAGAAAAAGUUGACGUUUGACGUGGCAAAUAUUACGCAAUUCCUGGUAGAUUACGAGAAUCUAGCUGCGCUGUUGAAAUGGACCGAAGAGGAGAAGAUGGACCACUUGGGGCAGCAUGUGUCUUUGAGCCUAGGACGGGACAUAAUGGUCAUCGUGGCCGCGAGCCGGUCUUGGAAAGAAACCCGGGAUGUGAUGAUGAGAAAGUAUCUGGCAGCAGAGAAGAUGGCAACAGAGGUCGAUUUAGCGGCGGUCCAGAGGAAGAACUUCGCAACAUACAAUGACUUCCUACGGGAGUUUACCUUGGUAGCACUAAGAAUCCCCGGGGUUACAGACCGAAUAAUGAAAGCCGAACUGGUGGGCGAGAUUAUCUGGGAUCAACCCCAGGGGCACGGGCCGCAGGUCAACUUUAUCUUAGAAAAUGUCAGACGUGAUAGGGUGAAUGCAACCACUCGACUAGGGACGGCGGGAAGGAGGAUUAACCGUGACACCGUGAUGGAGGAGGUUGCUGGAAGUUCAAAACCCCGGGCAGAGCCCGAGGCCGAGGAACCAGAAAAGGUCUAUGGGAAACCUAGGGAAGAGGAGCCUACGGACAAAGUUACCGCGGCCAAGAAGAAGUUUAGGUACCAGAUCCCGAUCUUAUCCUUGCCUGAGAUCGACGACACCAUUAUCAAGUUACUAGGAACCAUGGUGUCGGUGUCUUUCCAAACCAUGCUGCAGGCUAGCCCUAGGUUGCUCAAAGGGCUUAGACAACUGUUAACUCGGCGGCGAGUAGAAAUAGGCGACAACCCCGAAUUGCCAGAAGGGGAGAGGGAGGAGGAAGCUCCGCAAGAAGUGGCUAACCUUCAGAGAAGUCGCGGGGACUUGGAGGAUCUCGAGAGAGCUUUUGCGGACAUUCGUUUGAGCUUGCCCGACCGAGAGGGCGGCGAGGUCAUGCGGUCACCACCCGGGACAAAGCUUAGCUUUCAUGCACUGCCCAUAGGAAAGCUGAAAAUCCAGAUCGGGACCCAUCAUACCGACUCGUUAGUAGACGGGGGAGCAGAAAUCACUAUUAUAAGAAGAGAUUUCGCAACGAUCACGGGAUGUACGGUAAACAAGGAAGUAACAGGGAGCAUCCGGGGAUCUGGCGGGGAAAUCCCGUUCGCUGGGUACGUCACGAAGUGUGCUGUAAAGGCAGGAGUCAGGGAAUUGAUCUGGUCGUUUCAACGGAUGACCGUGAUGGAGGAAAUGAACCACGACAUAAUCCUCGGGAGACCGUGGUGCGCGAACGUAGAGAUGAUAGGCAUGCACUUGCACGAUGGCUCAUACAUGGUAGACAUAGAGGACCCAGUGACUGGCCGGGGAGAGCUCCUCCGACUCCUUGGAACGGGAGGAGAGCUCCCGAAGGCGAAAUUGGCAACAUGGUCGUCGUCGUUCGAGGAUAGCACGCGAAAAGGGGCCUCCGCACGAAUGGAGGGUAUGAGAGAAAUGGUAGAAAUCAUGAUUGAGAAAGCAUUUAACAAGAAGGAGUGGAUCAAGAUGGUCCUGCCCCAGAAGAAGAGGAGGCCGGAGGACGAAGUCCUAAGCGUUAUGGUAGCAGAAAAUGAGUCAGAGGUCGAACUCGGUGCUAGCCUGCCCAAACGGAAAGAAGUACGCAUAAACGUGCCAGAAGUCGCACUCGAGAUCCCCGAUCUGUUACAACUCAUCAAGGCUCUCAGAUACCACAAGGUAGGAGUGGACUUAGCAGCCUUGGCCAAGUUCGAAGGAGAGGUGCAAAAGGGAUAUUGCCUGAAUGGGAAACUAGUUAAUAUUCAACCACGAAUCGUAGAGGCAACGAGGGCGAUUCCGACUGUUCAUUUUUUAGGAGAAAGAUCCCGGAAGGAAGUGUUCGAAAGUACAAGCGUAGUCGGGUUCUGGAGGAUCUUCAUUAAGAACUUUGUCAAGAUUGUUGAGCCUAUCCGGGCUAUGAUCAAGGAAGAAGGAACCAUGGAUUGGACGAAGGAGUGGGAACGAGUUGUCCAAAGGCUGAAGGAUAUAUUGACAUCUGAGAUGGUCGCCCUGUCCGCGCCUUGUUUUAAUGACGAAGUGGGACGACCCUUCAUCCUAGAGACGGAUGGAGGACCUUUGGCCGUAGGAGAUGUGUUGAUUCAAAGGGAUGAGGGAGGAAAAGAGAGGCUGAUUAGGUUUGGAAGUAGAACCCUGAACUCCGCAGAGCGGCGGUACUCGCAAUUCAAGAAGGAGGUCCUAGCCAUCUUGCACUGCCUUAAGACCUUUCAGGCCUACCUAUUUGGGAAGCGGUUCAUCCUCGGGAUCGAUCCGACGAAUGUUGCAGGGGCCUUAAAGAAUUACAGGCCUAUAGAUCCGACGGUGGGGAGAUGGGUAGGAUUUAUCUGGCAGUUCGAUGAUAAGAUCGAACGGAUUGCGGGAAUUAGGAACAAGGUUGAUGGGCUGAGCCGGGUCUGCAUCACUCUCGAAGGGGUGAAGGAUGCGGAGCCCAUAGACGCGUUCCUCGAAUACGAAGGAGGAACUCUUGCGGUGGAUAACGAAAUGAUGAGCGAAGAAUGCACGUCGGGAGAGCUAUUAAUCCAGACUUUGGAGAAGGGGGCACCUGCCGUAGUAGCAGAACUUAGAGAAGGACCAGUCACCACACGAGGACGAAGCGAGGCAAAAGACUCACGGGGAGCGAUAGUGGGGCCAAAAGAGGAAUUGAUAGCAAUGGCGGUCGAGGGAGGCCGGGAAACAGUAAUGAGCUUAGUAGAAUCUUGGGAAAGGAAAGAGUUGCAAUAGGUGGUAAACCAAAUGCAGGAAGGAAAGGAUGGGGGUCAGGAAGGAGAGGAGUUUUUCUAUGUCCAAUCAUACGAAGGGCUCUUUCGGGAG